AUGCUUGCUGAGCCUGUUGCUUCCUUCCUGGUCGAAAGAUUCGGCGAUCAACUCAUUCAAGAAGCUAUUUCCUUGAUUGGAUUACAUGAUCAAGUCCAAUGGAUUGAAGGAGAACUACAGUGGAUGCAGUCCUUCCUAAAAGAUGCAGAUGCAGAAAAACAAGGAAAUGAACGAGUGAAGAACUGGGUGCAGGACGUCCGCAGCAUUGCAUAUGAUAUGGAAGAUGUCAUCGAUGCCUUUCUCUUGAAUGUACAACCCCUAAGGCCACGAGGAUUCUUGUCUUCCCUCAACAGCUCUUGUUUCAUCCCCAGCAGGUUGAUAGCUCGCCAUAAGAUCGCUUCAAAUAUCAAACAUAUAAAGCUCAAAAUUGAUGACAUUUCCAAAAGAAGGACUACUUACAGCAUUGAAAGCAUUGGCGGAAGAGAAGGUAGAAGCUUUGCUGGUGAAAGCCUAGAAGAAUAUAGGCUCACUUCUCCUAAUGUUCAAGAGCCUGAUUUUGUUGGUUUUGAGAAAGAACUGGAGGCAUUGGUCAUGCGGUUGAUUGGUGGAGAGCCGCGGCGUUGUGUUGUUUCUGUAGUGGGAAUGGGUGGUCUUGGUAAGACGACUCUUACUAAGAAACUUUAUAAUACUGAUAAUGUUAAGAAACAUUUCCAUUUACAUGCAUGGAUUUCUAUAUCACAAGAGUAUGGUAUGAGAGAUCUUUUGCAGGCCGUCGCAAAAUGCUGUAUGGAGCUCUCUGAAGAUGAGCUCGAGGUGAUUGAGAAAAUGAAUGUUGUGGAGCUGAGGGAGAAGAUUUCCGAGUAUCUGAAUAACAAGAGAUACUUGGUGGUAUUGGAUGAUGUGUGGAAAAGCGAAGCAUGGGAUGCUAUGAAGGAUGCAUUUCCAGAUAUGAGCAAUGGCAGUAGGGUCGUGCUCACCACACGAAACAAAGACGUUGCUUUAUAUGCAGAUGCACGAAGCCAGCCCCAUGAACUGCCAUUUCUAAACAGUGAAGAUAGCUGGAAAUUGUUCGGUAAGAAAACAUUCACAGGACAAGAUGGGGGUUGUGCUCAGGAUUUGGAGGAGUUAGGAAGAGAGAUUGUGGGAAAAUGCCAUGGUCUGCCUCUUGCGAUUGUAGUCAUUGGAGGGCCCUUAUCCAGAAAAGAACCAAGGGAGUGGGAGAAUGUAUGCAAGAGCAUUAGCUGGCAAUUUGCCGAAGGACAGCCCCAAAUCUCUAGAAUAUUAUCUUUGAGCUAUAAAGAUCUGCCCUAUUACUUAAAACCAUGUUUUCUCUACUUGGGCAUUUUUCCUGAAGACUAUGCCUUCCCUGCCAAGAAACUAAUUCAAUUGUGGGCGGCAGAAGGGUUUUUGCUGCCGAGAGGGGACGAAAUGCUGGAGGAGGUUGGAGAAGAUUAUCUGAAAGAGUUGAUUCAAAGAAGUAUGAUUCAAAUUGCAGAAAGAAGUUCAAGCAAGGGUAUUAAAAGUUGCCGCAUUCACGAUCUUUUGCAGGAUCUUUCCAUAUCAAAAGCAAAGGAAGAGAAGUUUCUUCAAGUUCAUCAUGAGAGUGUGUAUGCUCCAUCCACAUCAACAGCCCGUCGACUUGCAAUUCACCAUAAUGCCUCAAAGUUGCUUGGGCAAGCUCACCAAUCUCAGAAAAUUAGGAAUAAAAUUAGAUAUGGAAGGAGAGUAUGA